AUGUAUUGGUCACACGGUCGUAAUUGUCUCACUAAUGCCAUUUUCCUCAGACGUUUCUUCAUGCACAUGUGUUUUAUGCCCUCAUUUCUUAUAUCUUUUCCAAUCGGCAAUGACUUAUCUCCAUUCCUUAUUCAUGUCACCGACCUUGGACUUCUUAACGAGGACCGUGUUGUCUGGGAGGCCUUGAACGAUGUGGACGGUGAUACUCAGUUUGUGGAUGCAAAUUUCAGCCUGUUCGCUCCUCCCACUACAGCUUCUGGUGGCGGCGGCAGCUCACUUUUAUAUGGCGGUACCGGCUUGAAGCCUACUCCGGUCUCCAUUUAUUCGAAUUCUGGAUCUUCAUCUACGGCAGCGGAUACACAAACUUCUUCCAUCUCUGAAGAAAAUCCUAUGAACAUUCUUACUCAAUUUCCUCCCCCUACUGCCCUGAUUACCUCUACAGCAAGUAACAACGUUAUUUCUCCUCCCUCGUUAUCUUUUUCGCGCCCCGCCUGUAGCACACUAGACUACAAUGUUAUCCUUUCUUCUAACGCUGGGCCUAAUGCAACACCCGUCUGUGCCGUCACAAAUGCCGUUGCUUUUUCUCCUAGCACGACUACCAUAACUACAAAAACCACCAGUACUACUGCCACCUUACCAUUAUUACCCUCUUCCUCUCACUCAUUUACCUCAGCCUCGACUUCGGCAUCAAAUAUCAAUGACGUUGUCCAAGACUCAUCACUUCCCAUCGUUUCCCCCCAUUCUCGUGAUGAAAAGCUAUCUGGCAAAGAAGGAGAUUCUAUCGAUAGGUUAGUUGAAAAGAUUGAAACAACACUACCAAGCAAGGAAAAAGGAUUGGAAAAAGAUAUAUUGUCAGAAAUGACAGCACCUUCCACCGUUGAAUCUCAUAGUUCAUCAUCAGAAACACUUCAUGGACAGAGAUCUAUUCCAUCUUCGCUAACUAAGUCCCUUGCUGAGACGAGGAAAAUAGGGGCCGAAGGACCUGAACUAGCAGCUAGGGGAACUGUUUUUAGUACUGGAAUUGAUAAAUUUCAAUGCGCUGGAUCCAUGUUGACUGAUACAACCUCGGUUUCCACUUGUCUUGAACAAGAAAACCAGGAAAAACAAGGAAAGCAACUGCUAUCUGACUACGAGCUUGCCGUGGCACUUCAACGUGAAGAGGAUGAGGCGGCUACGGUGUUAGCUCAUAGACGCUCAACUAUGCAGCAAGAAGGACUCAAAUUGCCUCAGAGUAGAAGCGACAAAAGUAAUCAUUCCCUUAUGCUUCCUUCGCAGACUUCACCGUCUCCGGCUUUAUCUUCGGCACCAGAAGCAGACACUUGCGCUGGCCAUGCAAUGUCAGAUCGUGAGUUGGCUCUUUUGCUUCAAGAGGACGAGUUCGAGCUGGCUGAUGCUGAGUCAGCCGCAGCGGCAGGUUCAUCUUCAGUGGCAUCUGGUGAGAUGACAGUUUUAUAG